CAGCCCGAGCCCUAAAGUUAAUUUCAUUCUGUGCGGCACAGACAAGAUCCCCCACUCUCCCGCUUCGUUUUCAGUUACGCUUCAAAACCCUAAGCCCUAGCUGUCGUCUAUCUAUCAACAAUGAAGCUCGUCAGGUUCUUGAUGAAGUUGAACAACGAGACAGUGUCGAUCGAGCUCAAGAACGGCACCGUUGUCAACGGCACCAUUACAGGUGUGGAUAUCAGUAUGAAUACACAUUUGAAGACAGUGAAACUUACGCUGAAGGGGAAGAACCCAGUGACUCUGGAUCAUCUCAGCGUGAGGGGAAACAAUAUUCGAUACUAUAUCCUCCCAGAUAGUUUGAAUCUUGAGACUUUGCUAGUUGAAGAGACACCUAGGGUCAAGCCCAAGAAGCCAACUGCAGGGAGACCCGUGGGCCGUGGACGUGGGCGCGGUCGUGGUCGGGGACGUGGGCGUGGCCGUUAAAGAUGUCGCACUGGUUAUAAUUUUUGUGGCACCUGGUUAUGUAAACACCUUUGUUGUAGGAAGAACUUAUCGGUGAUCUUGGAGACGUUAAAUGAGUUUCGGUAUUGCACUUUUAUUCGUUGUCUAUCCCCAGUGAAACUCCCAAAAUGUUAUUAAGAAGUUGGUAAUCGAUAUGCUUUUGACAUCUCAUAUACAGUUCUCCAUUUUCAUUUUGGGUGUUGAGGCACCAAAAUUAGCGCUCCCUAUUCUUGUUGAUGCUUUUGAAAGUUGUAGUUUUCAUCUCUUAUUAGGUGAUAUAGCUAGCUAAUAGCUUGGAUCUUGACAAGGAGUUGCCGCCAUGCUGUAUUGUUCUUCGUUGCAUCGGAAUUUGAUUGAAGUUUGCAUGAGACAUGUUUAGUUGUUGCUUAGCUUUUAGAUCUUAAAUCACCUGUACCGACAUUGUCAUCCCCGACAUGGCCUUGCCAUGCCAUGUCAACCAGAUGAA